CAAACAGCAGCUGACAACCAGUCCCAAACGCGCAAGCGCAAGAAGCGAGCUGCUGACGAGUGCGACGAUAAGAUGGACUUGGACGUUGGCGGAGGCAACGGAGGCUUCGUGCCUGCCGGCGAAGCACAAGCUGCUGCACACUGGGAUCCACACUCCAAGGCGGCGGCACGGUUUACCCACGCCUUUGUCGGCGGUCUCUCCAUGAUGAUCGUGUCUGAGAUUGGCGACAAGACCUUCUUCAUCGCAGCCAUCAUGGCCAUGAGGCACCCACGGUUUAUCGUGCUGGCGGGUGCCGCCGUGGCACUCAUCAUCAUGACGGUCCUGUCGGCGUACAUUGGGUCCCUUGCCACGAUCAUUCCCCGCCAUUACACCAACAUGAUCGCCACGCUCCUGUUUGUGUUUUUCGGUCUGCGACUCCUCAAGGAGGGCUACAGCAUGGCGCCAGAUGAGGCAGCGGAGGAGUUGGAGGAAGUGACACAGGAACUCAAGGAGAAGGAAGAUAAGCUCUCUGCAUCUGAGCAACAGCCCAAGCCAUGGUCGAAGAUUGUGUCGCCUGUGUUUGUGCAGGCGUUUGUGCUGACGUUCUUGGCCGAGUGGGGCGACCGCUCCCAAAUUGCCACCAUCAUCCUCGGUGCCCGCGAGAACACGCUUGGUGUUGCGCUUGGUGCCAGUCUCGGGCACGUCCUCUGCACGUUCAUUGCCGUAGUUGGCGGUCGUCUUCUUGCCCAGCGCAUCUCCGUUCGCACAGUGACGCUGAUUGGCGGCGUGGUGUUCCUGCUGUUUGCGCUGACGAGUUUCAUCAUGGACUCGGCGGGUUCUGAUGAUGACGACAGCGGCCUUGGCUCCUUCUUCAAGCAGCAGCAGCAGGAAGACCAGCAGCCGCCGAUUGUCGUCAAUUAGGCCCCCUCCCCCUAUUCGCUCCCUCUCGCAACUCAUGGCGCAUGUAAACAAAAACACCAUGCAUGAGGUGCGAGCUCAAGCGAGCACACCGACCCGUCGUAGUGCGUGCAUGCGUGUAUGCGUGUAUCGACCACAGUUGCUGCUCUCUCCCAUGACUUUUCGUUGGCAUACGUCCAUAUGUAGGUUCCUGUGCAGCCCCCGCUGGCUGGCUACUCGCGUUGUGAAUGCCUGCAGCGUGCCUGGUGCUGCUGCGUCUCUGUUAAAACGUUUGAGUGCUUGCGGCGUGUGUUUCGUGCUGAUGUGUUUGCUGUAUAAGACCACCGCCCAGUCGUGCAGUUUGUUGACAUUGUGUUGUUGUGCGCACUUUGUUGCAGUGUCACAUUAUCAAUCCUGUCACAAUCACAAUCCAACCACGUACUUGGUUUGUUUGUUUGUUUGUUUUGUUUUGUUUGUUUGUUUGUUUGUUUUGUUUGUUUCGUCCAGUGUUUGUUUGUUUUCACAUGAUUACCAGGUGUAUUGAAACCUCUCACAUCAGA